GGCUGUUAAUUUUUAUGUCAGAUUGUGGUGCACCCAACUCUGUCAGGAGUCCAGCCCAGCACUGCUUACCCUGUCCUGCAGCUCUGCUGCCUUGGUGGGUUGUUGUCUUCUGGGGUUGGUUGGGGUGUUUUUUAAAUAAUAUUUUUAAAAAUAAUAUUCCUGUACGUGUAACAAUCCUGAGCAGUGUCAGCUGUUCAAACCUGCUCACAAAUAAAGGUAAGUUCUUGGAAGAGCUGAAAAUGCAGGUAUGAGAAUGAAGAACAACACCUGCUGGGACACCAUUUAAGCUGCUGUUUUCAGUGACUGCCUUGCCUGGUAUGUGAAACCUUGUCCCUUCCUUGAAGUACUCCUGGCACUGUCCAGAGCCUGGCUCUGAGCAGGAAUGUCCUUCUCAUUUCAAGGAGAAGAUUAAAUGGCAGAGGGUGUGAAACCAAAAAGACUGGCGGUUGUUCAGCCCAGCUUACUGUACACAGAAAAUGCUAAAGAGAGAAACCAACUGCAGACACAACACCAGCAUUUCCCCAGGACAUGGAGGUGGAACUGCAGCUGCAAACACACUUCAGGUCUCAUUUCUCAGAGCUGAAUCUCUCAGGGUAAGAUGGAAAAGGUGAACUUGGGUCCCACUCAGCCCUGUCAUACAUGAAAACACUCCUAAUUAACAUGCACAGGUACAUCAAUCUCCCAGCUAUUACAGAUGUGCAGGCCACUUGUAAACCCCCCCUCCCGAGCUGUUCUGCUGUUUCUGUCAACCCAUUUGUUAAAUGUUUUCUCUUGCAUUUACACCAGGCAGAAGAUUGAUAUAAAAUGCCUUAAUCUCAAGAACUGUUUUACAAACAUGAAAAUUCAAGGGCUAUUAUUGCUUUUAAGUCCAAUUUGCUGUCACUAUUUUUUUCCAGGAGCAACUUUCUGCUCCAGUUUCUCCAACUACUGGAAAACAAACACUUGUAAAACCAUUUCCAUAUCUCCUUUUUCCACCAGAAAGUGGAAAAAAGGUGUCUGUGGUGACAGAACUAAACCUACAAAACCAACCCAACCCAACUUGUAAACCUCAAGCUAAUAAAAGACAUCUAUUUAAAGCACAAGCCCACAAGGAGCUAAACACAGCCCUGCUGUUCCCAGGAGUCUGUCCUGUCCGUUCCCUCCUGCAGGAGGGGGGACACGGCCAGCUUUGUUUAUGGGCUCAGAGCCCAGCCCCAAAUAACUGGGCAGGAAACUGCCCACAGCUCUGAGGCUGCAAAGUGAAGCUGCAGAGGGUGUGGAUGUGCUUAAAGCACCCAGGGAACCUUUAGCUGAUGUUUGGAGAGGUCAUUAUCCAGUGUGACAGUCCCUGAACAUGAAGUAGAAGAAAAAUCCUCAAAAUAAUCAAUGAACAAAUGAAGGCCCCAGUUGUUGUAAACACUAAGUGCUGCUCCUAAUGGGAAAGGCUGGCAGAGCCCUCCCUGCAGCUGUAGCUACACCCCAUCCCCACUCGGGGAACUCCCAGGAGCCGUGCUAAACUCCAAGGGGAAAGAAUCCCUUUUAAGGAAGCAUUUGAUGGCAGGCAGGCCCUGCUGUCCCCCAGCCCAUUCCAGGCCCUUGCAGAAGGGAACACGAGCUGAGUGCAGUUGCUUUGCCUUUCCCUUCCCUGUUCCGAGCUGCUGCACCAGUUGUUGGCCAAAAAUAACCCCCAUUCCACGACCAUAUAUGUGCAGCAGCCCCUCCAGCCCCAUCUGCUUCCAGCCCUGCCAUGCACAUCACCCAGCUGAACCGGGAAUGCCUCCUGCACCUCUUCUCCUUCCUGGACAAAAACAGCAGGAAGAAUUUAGCAAAAACAUGUCACAAGUUGCUAGAAGUGUUCGAGGAUCCUCUGCUGUGGUCUUUGUUGAACUUUCAUUCUCCAGUGGAACUAAAGAAGGAUAAUUUUCUCCUGGGACCUGCUUUAAAAUACUUAUCCAUCUGCUGGUAUUCAGAGAGAGUCAAGGUGUGUAACAUUGAGGACUGGAUGAAAAACAGUUUCCAGAGAGACUUCUGUAACAGGCAUGAGAACACUGUCAGGGAUUUUUUACUACAGGUUUGCAACAGGUGCCCAAACCUGCUGUCCCUGACGCUGUCUGGGUGUGGCCACGUCACAGAUGACUCCAUCCUGCUGCUCCUCAGGAGCUGCCCCAAGCUGAGGACGCUCAAACUGGAGAACUGCGCGCGGAUCACGGACGGGACCCUGCGGGCAGUGACGCUGCACGGGGGGGCCCUGCACACCCUGCACGUGGAUUUCUGCAGGAACAUAACACAGGCUGGGCUGCAGACACUCAGGGAACAGCGUCCUUCAGUGAUGCUGAGAGCAGAGAGAAGUGCCAGCAUGAUCCCAGACAGCCAGCCAGACAAAAAGCUGAUGCUUGAAAGAGCAUCCAGAAAGCUGGUUCAGCUGUAGGAGCAGCAGAUUGUAGAGUGAGUGUCAUCAGGGGGGUAUUUCACCUCACCAGAGCUCUCCUCUCAGGGGCCAUGAACUGUGGCACUUCCCUGCCUCCUGGUUAAGUCCAAACAAAUGGCUGGUUUUGUAAAGAGUGCACAGGGAAAAGGCAUCUCCACCAGGAAAAAAACAUUUGCUGUUGUUCCUUGACGCUGGAAAACCCUGCCCUGCUGUCACACAGUGCCAGACCUGCCCCACGCUGCAGCUGGGGUCCCUCCUGGUGUGGGUGAUGAAUGCACCUCAGGAGGGAGCAGCAGGAUGUUUGAUGGAGGACAAAUUAUAACUUGAAGAGCUCAAUAAAUUUGAUGGAAUUUAAGGAAGUUUCACAUUAGUCUGACAAGGAGCAGUGAGUUGGAUGGCACAGUUCACCUGACCAGUGACUGCAUGGGAAAAACAAAGAGUUGGAAUUGAGGUAGAGUGAUCCACACAGAGAGCCCAGAACACAGAGAUGAAGGAAGAGCCUCCACUGAGGUUCCAUCACAGGGUUCAGAGAGGACCCCACGCUCAAAACUCCUCCAUAAUGGGCAGAGCAGGCACUGAGUCACUGUGGGAUGGCCACAAAGUUGAGGGCAGAGUGAUCACCAAAUUUCUGUUAAAGGGCAUAUCCAUACAAACAUUCCACCUGCCAAGGGGGUAACCACUCCCUGUAAGGUCUUUUCAGCAAAAGCAGAGUACCUGUCAUGCAGCACUGCCUUAGUGAUUCCCAGGGGAGAUCAUUCACCAGGCUCUGAUUAAAUGAGGGGUUCCAUGCACCCAGCACACAGGCUGACCCCUGCAUGAGGUCCUUACCCAGUGUAAGAUACACCAGGGAAUCUUUCCAAGCUGACAGGAAAGGAAACACAACAUGAACAAAUGUUGGUUCAGAGAACUGACCCACAGGAAAGGACAGGGACUGACAACCUGUGGCUUCAAAUGCUAAAUUAGGGACACACUACAGCCCAGCUGGAGAUAAACACCCAUUUCUCACUGCAAAGAACACACCAAGGAGCUCUUUUCAUCCCAGCCCACAAGGCUGUCCCUUUCCUGGCUGCAGCUGUGCAGGUGAUGCUGUGCCAUCACCUACAGAACCUGACACCAAAGGCUGGCACAGUUUCACUCUGCUGUGGAAAACUGGCUGUGGCACCCUGGGUUUGGAGUGGUAUUGGCACUCAGGGCUGUCACACCACAGUCCAAGACUCUUUUCUGCCCUUCCCAACUUUUCCUGAGGAGAGUUCCAUGUUUCUGAGUGUCCCUCCCUGUGUCCUGCAGUCGCCUGACCCAGCUUUGACUCGAGGGGCAGUCUCAGUCUCACAGCCCAGGAAAAACUUCACUGUCACCAGCUGGGAGCUCUGCAGGGGUUGUUUGAAUUACAGCAUUUCUCAAGCCCUGUGCUUUACCCUCUGUGAGCACAUUCCCCAAGUCUGCUUCCCAUUAUUUCCCAUUUUGUUCAGCAAUUCUGGUGUGAAUUCAGAAUUCAGACUCCUGGAGAGCACCACAAAGUCCUGCCCAUUCCUGCUGACUCUGCAGCUGAACUUGUGUUUACCUUAAAUACCUUAAUAAUAAUAAUAAUGGCCAGUCUUCGCGAGCGAAGAUCCGGGGAAGGUCUUUCCACCUUCCAGCCUGCGCAUUGGAUUUUUUAGGUGAGACACAGUGUGCGCGGAACUGAGCCCACCCUUUAAUCCUAAGGUUCAUCUGCCGGGGCCAAGCGAGCUUGGACGGUGGCAGCGAGGUCCUUAGGACGUAGGUGGGUUGCCUUUAAGGGCUAACGAGCCCCACCUACCCGGGAGUGGCCCUGACCGGGAAUCGAACCCGGGUC